AUGUGCGCACGCGCGGCGCGGGUNGGGAGCGCGGGAGCGGCCCGCGUCAACUUCACUCGAUUACCAGCAAGAAAACACUUCCAAAAAUUCUUGCUUUCAGACUCUUCGUCGCGGCUGGUGGCGACGGGAGGCGCGUCCGUCAACAAGGAACUCCUUCAAAUCUUCGCUGAUGUCUUCAACACCCCCGUUUAUGUUCAGGAUCACCACGCGAACGCAGCUCUGCUGGGAGCCGCCAUUCGUGCCGCUGACGUGUGGAGCACGCGUACCGGCACUAAACUGCCCGGCUCAGAACUGUCAGUGUCUCCCGCGGCCACGCCCUACGCCGACCACGACGCCAUCUACACGCCGCUGCUCGCGCGCUACCGACAGAUACUGGCUGAGAUUCCCAAGCUCGGCGACUGA